AUGGCACCCCAGGAGCACAUCCCGACAGCAGCGAGCAUACUAGGUACCAUCGGCACUGGUAAUGUAAGGCAACCAAGACACGAUGCACCCCCACAACAGGCUGCUAACUUUGCUGUGCCGACUGAAGAUGCUGGUGUGUUCAGCGUGACAGAUCCUCCCACAGUACGUAAUGGCGCCCACGCAUGGCUGGCUCAGUCAUUGACCCAAAACAGAAUAUACACAAAUUGGCGGCAUAAGCAGACCGAUGGCCUGCCAUGGAUCAUGCCCUUCUUGUGGGCUGUUGCUGCCAUGCCGUUCGGCGUCUACAACAUCGUGCAGAACUUCAACAUUCCAUUACAAGUGCAGCCUCAGGUCUUCUGCUCGUUGACACUGAUUUGCUGGGCGCAAACUCUGAUAUAUCAUGAGCACUGGAGAGUCUGGACAGCCACACUGGCUGCUGUGAUUACAGGUCUUGUCUCUGGGGGCGUCGAGGCGCUCCUUAUCCUGACUCUUAGGGGUCCCUAUUCGAGGGGUGUGGAGUGGCCAAUCAUCACCGUUGGCGUAGUCGCAGCUAUUCUGCUUGCCGUGGGCUUGCUUCCCAUGUACUGGGAACAGUGGAAGCGUGACGGAAGGGCGAAGGACAUCAGCUUUCUCUUCCUGGGCACGGACUUUGCUGGAGCUACUUUCUCGUUGAUAGCCUUGGCUGUCCAGCAGACCUUUGAUUACCUUGGAGGCAUUCUUUAUAUUGUUUGCAUGGUUCUCGAAAUCGGCAUCGUGAUCUGGCACCUGUCGUGGGUGUACCGCAACCGUCGCACUCUCAAGGCGGCCAAACGUGCCGGCCUGUCCUACGACCAAUACGUCAGCGACGACCCGAAGCCACCGAAAACUUCCGGCUCCUAUAUCACCGAUUACUCCCGAAACAAUAGCCUCACACCGCAUACCACACUCGACAAAGAUUCCGAUGCGCAGUCCGAGAAGAUUGAGGACCAGGCAAGUCACCAGGGAGAUACGGAACGUGACGUAGAGCGUGUUGUGUGA